CAAGAAGAGACAUAAAAUGAGUGUUGAAUCCGCCAGAUUAUGUCUCCCUCAGAUCUAUCUCAAGUAUCUUCUUUAUUCUAAACCAAAAUGGGCUCCCUCUCUACCAGCUGGAAACGCUUGAGCGUUGGCAUUGUUGGCGGCGGUAUUGGUGGUUUGGCGGCUGCCAUUUCCCUCCGUCGUGCCGGCCAUGAUGUGACAAUAUACGAACGUCAUGAUUUUGCCGGAGAAGUCGGUGCGUCCAUCUCCUGUGCUGCCAAUGGUACGCGGUGGCUACAGGAAUGGGAGGUCGAUAUCGCCAAGGGCGACCCUGUCUUACUCCGCAAGCUGAUCAACCGAGACUGGAAAACUGGAGAGCCAGUCAGCGUCUACGAUCUGGACGAUUAUGAGGAACGAUGGGGAUAUGUUUAUAACAUGUUCCAUCGCCAGUAUAUGCAUUCCAUGCUGAAGGAUUGCGCGCUGCAGGAGGAAGGGAAAGGCACCCCCGCUAAGCUCAUCGUCAAUCAUCAGUGCCAGGAAAUUGAUCUAGAGAAGGGUGUUAUCACCUUUGCGAACGGCACCACCGCCCAGCACGAUCUCAUCGUCGGUGCCGAUGGUAUUGGUUCGGUUGUGCGAGGUAUCAUUGGCCUCAACCCAGAGAAGAAGCCAGCCCCGUCCAGCUGCUUGCACGCCAAUGUCCUCACCGAGGAUGCCGUGAAACUGGGUCUGGUUGAUUACUCUCAGGACUCAGCAUUGGAAUACUGGGGUGGUCAGGAAGGCAAAUGGGACAAGAUCGUCCUCUCCCCAUGCAAUGGCGGUCGUUUGCUGUCGUAUUACUGCUUCUUCCCGCGCGAGGUGGGCGAUUACACAAAUCACACCUGGGGUGGUGAAGAUCUCCCAGUUGAAGAACUGCUGGCACCAUACCCUGAGCUAGAUGCGCAGGUGCGCUCUCACCUGGCAAACGGAAUUGAAAUCCGCCCAUGGCGCCUCUGGGUCCAUCAACCAUACCAAUAUAUCAGUCGCAAUAUGGUCUGUUUAUUGGGCGAUGCAGGACAUCCGAUGAUGCCCCAUCAAAGUCAGGGAGCCUGUAUGGCACUUGAAGAUGCUGCCGCUCUCGGAAUCCUCUUCAGUAAGGAGUACUUUUCAGGAGAUGUCGCCGAAACGCUUUCAUUCUACCAAGAGGUCCGCUUGCCACGGGCCACUAAGGUUCAGGCAGCCUCUGCCAAAGCAGCAUAUAAUAUCAAUGAACGUAUCGGAUUCUCUAGCAAUACUGGCAACGCCAACUACAAGGUAGAGGACGAACAGAAAAAGCUGACUAUUGAAGAAAUGAAUGCCUAUGACAUGUACAAGGAUGUCGAAGAAGUCAUCGCAGCCAAGAGAGGCGUACCUUUCACACAGAAAUUUAUCAGAGGCCUACCGAUCGGCCUGAAGCUUUCGAACGGAGUAACUGUUGGAGAGAACUGAGAGCUUUUGGGCGCUAAAUAUAUUGAUUAGGGUUUGGUCACAGAUCCAGAACCACCCAUGCGUUACGAUUUUUAGCACUGAGAUUUAGAUAUUUUGUGUACAUAUUCUUUUGAAACAAUGAACUGGGCCCCAGAUAACUGCAAAUCAAUCAUUAUCUACUGC